AUGUUCUCCACCUUUUCCGCCAAUCUCAACUCCACUGAUCGCCCCUCGGAGCAGCCCGCUGCCACACCCCGUGCCAAGCGUAGUCAGGUCGGGCGAGCCUGCGACUGGUGUCGGCUGAAUCGCAUCAAGUGUGACGAUAAACAGCCAUGUCAAAAUUGCCGGAAUCAUGGCAGACACUGCAGCAAUACCAAACAAUUUGAAGCUCAUUCACUUCCGGCCGCGAAUCGGGAAAUUCAACGAUUGCGAAAUCGGCUCAAGGACGUCCAGGAACAAUUGGAUCAAGUAACGGACGAAUCGAGAAGGCACACGACAGACGGCAAAUCUCCCUCCGCGCAAUCUCCCAAACCCCUUAUCUCCAACUCCUCUGGUACCGCCACCCCUGCCGAACUCCCCGAGUCACAUCGCAAGACAUGGGAUGGCUACCACAAUCCAGAGUCUCGGACCGGUCGCGUCAUCCACUAUGGACCUCAAUCCUCGCCGUAUCUGGUGAUACGCCUCAACCGGUACAUGUCGGAAUCAUCUAACCAGCUACACCUUAAAUCUCCCCUUCCGGUCCGCAUCUCGCAGAUAAAUCGUCACUCUUCCACAGUUUCGCAGGAACAACUGUCGGGUGAUAUAGAGCGACCGAGUCUUCGUCUCGGGCUGGAAGAGGUCGAGGACCUGUCUCGGGAGCAAGAAGAGCAUUUCUUGGUUCUCCUGUGGCAGGCGUAUCACUUCAUGUAUCCAAUUGUGGUAGAGCAAGAAUUCCGAGAGUAUUAUGAUUCUCUUUGGACUGCAACCAACGGCCAAGCGCCGCGCCGGCCAUCUGCCCUCGUGGACAGCUUGUUGGCCGUCUGCAUGCAUUAUGGCAGCAGCUUUAUGGUUGACGACGAUGAUAUGGAGACCGGCGAGACUGAUUCGCAGGCUAGUCACUUCACUCUUGCCGCGCACAAGUUCUACCGCCGGAGUCAGCGAGCGCUGAUGGAGACAUUGGAGUAUCCUUCAGUCAUUUCACUGCAGAGCCAUAUCUACUGCAUAAUCUACAUGUACAACAUCGCACAUCUGGACACCGCCCAUGCGCUACUUGGGAUGGCUAUCAGAAUGGCUCAGAUGCUGCGCCUGCAUAUUCGGCCUGUAGGUUCUGUGCCACAGGGAACGCAAGAGUUGCAUUCUCGGAUUUGGUGGACUUUAUACCAGCUGGACAGCCAAAUUUCGAUGGCUCUCGGCCGCCCGCCGUUGAUCAACCCCAAUGAGGUUGGCUGUGCAAUGCCCACAGACACCGGAGACGCGGUCCAACCAUCGGCCACAGUUUUAGUGUCACCGCCCGAAGAAGAUGUCAGCUGGCUGACAUUCCAUGUUGAAUAUAUCCGUUUGACGGCUGCAGCUCGCGCCGCACACGCUGCAUUUGGUGCGCACUGUGCUGAGGUGUUGCAGACAAAGGAUAUCCAAGAUAUUCAUGAGGACCCACUAACCUUGGAGCUGAUCGCAAGAUCUAUGAACAGCAUGGCCCGUCCAAUGUACGACUGGGUACAGACUGUGCCUCGGUCUCUCAAAAUUGAACGUAAAGGGUCCGGUGAAUCAUUCUCAACAGACCGCACACCACUGAAUCUGAACGCUCCCAGCCCACUCUGGCUGCAGCGUCAGCGACUUCUGUUGGAACUCAUCUACCAUCAUAUGCAAAUCACUAAUUUCCGCCCUUUUCUUCGCUUUCCUCCUCGCGGCGCGUCCCUCACGCCACUCACCGAUGGCCACGGCAUUACUUCUCUCAAUCACGCAGUCAUGGUAACAAAUAUCCUAAGCCAAGCUCUGUCAGAGACAGAUCUACUGCGUGGCUGGGCACCAGCCUUCCAGUACCAAUGGGAUGCCGCCAUCUGCAUGCUAUCAUUUAUACUAGCAAACCGAGUCUGUCCCCCUACACCAGGUGCGAAGAAAGUCAUGCCAACGGCUUUUCGAAAUCUGGACACACUUGCCCAGUCUUUGACAACUUCGGUCACAAACACUAUCCAGCUUGCCUGGGAGCAGUUCCGAUCCAGUUCAACCCCGCGGGGGUGGUCCCAGCUCACUCCUCCAAGCCAGAGUGCAUCAGAUACAGAGAUGCCACCUCCAUCAUCAAUUCCAUCUUCUACUGGUAUCAGCACUAACCUGCCCAUUAUCGCACAGGGGCUAGCUGGUUCUGCUCCACAGCAGACUGAUCCAUUUUCUGGUUUGCUCACCCCUAAUAAGGACAUGAUCAUGGUAAAUGAUUUUUUCAAUCCUACCCAUAUCACCCCACCGUUGGAGCUAAUAGACUCAUCUUUCAAUAUUAACAUGGACCUAUCGAUGGGCAACGGUGCCCAAUGGAUGUCAAAUGGCAUGCCAUUAGACUCCUGGGAGCAAUAUGGAUCUCAAUAA